CCCUCUCUCUCUCUCUCUCUCUCUCUUUGGCUGAGUCGCUGGUUUUUGCUCGAAUUAUGAUGGCAGUUGCCUCUGGCAUUUCAUUUGGUGCAGUUCAAGCUCAGACUCCGUUAACGUUUUAGGGCCAAACGCUUAUCAGCCGCAACUGAUAACUGAUAGCUGGAUAGAUCGUGCAUCAAUAUGUUUAUUAAGUUCGUUGUAUUCUGUGUGAUAGUCGACAUUUGUGCGGCCAACAAUCUGGAUCAUUAUAACUAUGGCUCAAUGGAUGGCACCACCAGCACCGAGCGCAUCAACGCCGCCAUGCGUUGCGUUAACGUUAAUCCACAGAACUCUGUCGAUCUGGAGCAGAUAAUGGGCCUCUGGUAUGGUAGCGAGAUAAUAAUGCAUAGCCAAGACUUUCCCGGCGUCUACGAGUACGAUUCGUGUGUUAUCAUUCACCUGACCGAUGUCACACAGCAGGUGCGCAACAACAACAACUACAACAACAAUCGUGGCUACAACACAAACUACAACAAUCGUAAUCAAAACAAUUACGGGCACAUUUCGACGACGCCCCAAUAUUAUCUAGAUAACGAUGAUCAUGUGCGUCAGCCGCCACGCACAAAGUAUCUGCGUCUGGUGUGGAGCGAACGGGACAACAAUCUGGAGUACACCUUCAACUAUACGGCUGAUGCGCCCGGCCAAUGGUCGAACAUUGGUGAUCAGAGGGGUUCCCUGGUCCAGCUGAACUCGUACACCCAGUUCACGGGCACUGUGCAGGUGGUCAAAGCGGUCAACGAUCAUUUGGUUUUGACCUUUUGCGGCAACGAUGUCAAGAGCUCCAUUUAUACGGUGGUGCUAACACGCAAUCGGCUCGGCCUCAGCACAGAUGAGCUGCGCAGCAUACGCAGCAUGCUUUCCCGCCGUGGCCUCUACUCGGAAACCAUACGCAAGGUUUGCAGUGGGGCUCCAAAUGUAGGCGGCGGUUUGCUCUCGCUGCUGUCGCUGCUGCUACUUGCCGCCUGGGGGCGAUGCCACUGAGAAAGAGAAAGAGCAAGAGCGAGAGAGAAAGUGGCAUCUUGCUGUAGAGGAACCGCAUUCCAGCCAUAUUCUAUUUGUUAAUUUAUGCAUAAUCGACUUACUUAAGCAUUUAACGCUCGGAAUACAAUUGCAGCUAACUGCUAACCAAAAACCA